AUGCAGGCAAUAAUGAGUUAUAUUGGUGGAAUGCUCACCUAUAUGACAAUCUUGGCGAACGGGAUCAACGACCUAAAACUGAUGAAGAAUGGACAAGACCGUCAUCUUCUAAAUCUGGAGGUAAGUUUGACUCCUGCCAUAUUGGACUGUUUAGUUAACCUACCGCCUUUCCAUAGGGACAAAACGUUAUACAUAUAGCCCAGGUAUGUUUCUUUGACCUUUCAAAGAGUAGCUGUAGAUACUGAUGAAACUCUAGAGGACUGGGAGAUUGUGCCACAGCCAACUCGCCCUUCUGGCAAACCUUGUCAUGGCAAUUUCACCAACUCCCAAGAAUUCUCCAAAGUAGAAUGGCCGGAAGAGGUUCCAUCUUUUUCUCGCUUUUCAGAACUUGCUUGCGAGGUGAGUAAUUCCAUAGCAGCUGGUCCUGGGAGCUAUGAAACGAAGAUCAUAGCUCAUGACCCUUCAAACACUGAUCCUUGGUCGGACUAAUAUUUGAAUGCUAACUAACUAUUGCUUUCCAACUAGCUCCAAAUACAAAUUUGGGAAUACGCUCUCCCAGGACCCGGCAUUAUUGAUUUACACAUCCAACAGCGUAGAGGCCAAGGAUUCUGCUCGUAUGUGCUUACAACAGAUAAACAUACACUUGCCUCCAGACAAGCGCAUCUUCAAAUUGCCGCCUUGCGCGAGAAGUGUUUCUCAAGCACUAUCAUCCACUUCGGCUUCAGGAUCCACCAGACUUCGCACCCAGUCAUGAGAUAUGGUUGCAACUACAGCCACCCGUCAUCUAUAUCAAUAAAGCCUAUGAUACGCUGAUACUCGACUGUAACGUUCUCCAACGAUUCGAAGCACAAGGCGGACACAUGGACUUAUCAAAACUUCAACACUUGGCCCUCAAGGAAUUCGGAAUGGCCGCGAUUAGCGCUCACAUAUAUCUAGAAAAGACCCUUCCCUCUCUCAAGACUAUAACCCACAUUCUUAACCACGACAUUCUCUCCACCAAAAAUGUCAAAACACUGCGCGACUUCGGCUUUCGAGGUAGAAUGUCGAAGAGCCCCAAACACAAUUUCCAAUUGAUCAACGUCGGCGGAUCAUUGGAGAGAAGCGACAUCUUUUGGGAAAAUUCCGAGUCUGUACUCCAAUCCGACUUCUCAGGGUCCCCGAAGCGAGUCCUGAAGAGAUGGUGGAAAACAAUGGAGAAAGUGAGAUCGACCUUAAGAUUUGCUUUGAUUUUAAAUCAUAACCCAAUCAUCUCCCAGGAGAAAUGGAAGCCUGUGAAGUCUAGAUUCUGCUUGCUAGCUAGGGAAAACGAUCUCAACUAGUGGUCCUCCGAAGUCCUUUACCUCAUCCCACGUGGAAAGGAGAACGAUAAAAACGACGAUAUUGCGUAUUACACGCUCCGACCGAAAGCCCCCUAUAAAAAGCGUACCCCUCGUCUAUUGAUCGAGGAUGAGAGAUGGGAACUUGAUCGAAGAUAUGGUUCGCAGAGGCGGAUAGUAGCUCAGAAACAUUUUGGCUUCUUCCUGAACCCUAGAGGACAAUAUCUGGAGGGUUUGUACGACGGAAUUCCUGCAUUGUUUGGUGAAGAAGUUCCUGAAGAGUCUGAGGCUCAGAAUGAGCUUGUCUUCACGGCCAAAUGUGACUAG